AAUAAUGUUACCUAAUGUUACUUAAUGCCAAUACAGUUGUUCACAUAAGUUCAUUGUGUAUUAACGAAUAUAUAUGUUGAAAUGAACUAAGAUUAAUAAAUGCAGUAAAAGUUUCCGUUAAAGCCACAUUAGACGGAUUUACUGCGCUUGUGUGCAGUGACCAGAUGGAGGCGUAGUACCCGUUUAUUUUGGCAACCCCGUAGGUGUCUCACGACGGCUCUGCUGCUUGAAUGAAUGAACCGUCAGUGUGUUUAGGACCAUGGGGGAAGGGUGUGUGAGUGAGUGAGUGAGAGAGAGAGAGAGAGAGAGAGAGAGAGCGCGUCCGCCGCAGACCAGCCCAGCCUAUUCUUCUCCUGACGUCCUUCCUUCAUGCCAGUGUCACACGGAACUGGGAUGUAGAUUUUACAGACACCGUACGGUUUUUAUUCGGUACUGUUUGGGAGCAUCGAUACACUUACGUUUCUUUGAAAAGGACAACGAUCACCGGGCUUUGUUCGGAGCGUUUAAUCAACCGGACUGAACUCGUAAAACCCUUCAUAUAUAUAGUAUGCAUUAUUGUUUUGUGUGCUAUAUAAUCAUUCAUACGUUUUGAUCCUGGAAAUGUACGCGGGCGAGUCUCUGAAGGAGAGACACCGCGUUCGAGGGAGUGGUUUAUUUUCUCCGGACAAUCCCCGACUCGUUGGAAGAAGCUGCUGUGUGUCCAAAAUUAGGUUGUUUUCUCCCGUUUGAUGCUCUGGUAGCUCUGUUCCCAUCACCUCUUCUGUUCUGCCUUUGUUUUCUACGUUUUCUGUCUUUGGUUAGCUCGGUUUUCGGUUGACUGUAGACCCCUGAGGAAUCAACAGACGAUCAAAACUGUUCUCAGACGCUGCGGUGUGGAAACGGUACGAGGACACUCGGAUGGGACAAAAUGAUCUAACGCUAGUCUAACCAUCACAGACAUGAGCAUCAUAUAGCGUCAUAUCUCAAGCCUCAUCCACCAGCAUUGCGCGUGCCAUUCAAGAACCUCAAUCGAAAAUGGGGAUUGUUUGAAGAGAACGCAUCGGUCCGGCAGCACUGGUAGUGUUGGGAGACGGCAUCGAUAGCCUCGUGAUACCGGUCGAUGACGACUGUUUCUGCUCUCGGAGCUAAUUCAGUCGGUAAAUACACACACGGGCGGCCGAAAUAAACCCUGUGCUGCUGCAGGCUGAAGCUCCAGGGACGAUGUCCUCUCGCGCAACGCUACAGCCCGGGAACGACAGGAAUGCAGACCACCAUGCCUCUCUCAUGGGCAGUCGUUCAGAGAAGGGAUGGUCGAGUCGAUCGCUCGGAGCCCGUUGCCGGAAUUCCAUAGCGUCCUGCUCAGAUGAACAGCCUCACAUAGGCAACUACCGGCUGCUCAAGACCAUUGGCAAAGGCAAUUUCGCCAAAGUCAAGUUGGCACGCCAUAUCUUGACCGGCAGGGAGGUUGCAAUAAAAAUCAUUGACAAAACUCAACUGAACCCAACAAGUCUACAAAAGCUCUUUCGAGAGGUACGGAUCAUGAAGGGCCUCAACCACCCAAACAUAGUUCAGCUCUUUGAGGUGAUUGAGACAGAAAAAACACUCUACCUUAUAAUGGAGUAUGCCAGUGGAGGUGAAGUAUUCGACUACCUCGUAUCUCAUGGCAGAAUGAAGGAAAAGGAGGCACGUGCUAAAUUCCGGCAGAUUGUGUCUGCAGUUCAUUACUGUCAUCAGAAGAAUAUCGUUCACAGGGAUCUUAAGGCGGAGAACCUUCUGCUUGACGCGGACACCAACAUCAAGAUUGCUGACUUUGGCUUUAGUAAUGAAUUUACGAUGGGCAAUAAGCUGGACACGUUCUGCGGCAGUCCGCCCUAUGCUGCUCCUGAGCUCUUUCAGGGGAAGAAGUACGACGGGCCAGAGGUGGACAUCUGGAGUCUGGGGGUCAUACUUUACACGCUGGUCAGCGGGUCCCUACCUUUUGAUGGACAGAACCUUAAAGAACUGCGAGAACGCGUGUUGAGAGGAAAAUACAGAGUGCCGUUCUACAUGUCUACUGACUGUGAGGGCAUCCUGCGCAAGUUUCUGGUGCUCAAUCCCACCAAACGCUGCACCUUGGAGCAAAUCAUGAAAGAUAAAUGGUUGAAUGUUGGGUACGAAGGAGACGAGUUGAAGCCACAUGUGGAGCCUGUGGAGGAUUAUAAUGACACCAGCCGUAUAGAUGUAAUGGUAGGAAUGGGUUACUCCCGUGAUGAGAUCAAAGACGCACUAACCACACAAAAAUACAAUGAGAUAUUUGCCACGUAUCUGCUGCUAGGCCGCAAAACCGAGGAUGGAAUGGAGUCCCGGUCGAGCAGCAGUCUGUCUCUAGCACGGGUUCGAGCCAGCCCCAUCACAAAUGGCACCAGCAAACACUCGUCCACCUCUUCGUCCAGCUCCACCACUGCCUCCACCCACAGUAAACCUCAGCGCAGUGCCUCCACCUACUCCCGGCAGAGGAGACACAGUGACUUCUGUGGGCCGUCAGUGCCAGCAGCCCUCCCCAAGCGCAGCCCCACCAGCACAGGUGAGGGGGAUCUGAAGGAGGAGCGUCUGCCCUCACGUAAAACCAGCAGCAGUGUGGUGGGCAGUCGUAGCAUCCCUCCGUCCAGCCCUAUGGUCAGCGCAGCCAACAACCCCAACAAGGCAGAGAUCCCAGACCGCCGCAAGGAGAUCAACGCGACGACGAAUAACAUCCCCGCCAGUGCCAUGACUCGCAGAAACACUUAUGUAUGUACAGAUCGCACCAGCACCGAUAGACACUCACUACUGCAGAAUGGAAAAGAAAACAGCUCCUUGUCACAUCGAAUUCCUCCAGCCUCCCCAUCCACCCACAGUAUCUCUGGUGCCGGGGCCUCCAGCUCCACAUCUUCCGAGCGCUCUCGCCUGACUCGGGGCUCCACCAUCCGCAGCACGUUUCACGGGGGCCAGCUCCGGGACCACCGACCCUCCACCCACGCCCCACCGACCUCACCCACCCUAUCCCACGAUGCCAGCCCUCUGCCACACUCGCGCAGCCGUGCGACCACCAAUUUGUUCUCCAAGCUUACCUCCAAACUCACCCGCAGGGUCAAUCUUGACCCAUCUAAGCGCCAGAGCUCAAGCAAGUCCGUCUCGGGCUGCACUCUGCCACAGGGAUCAAAAACAGUUAGGUCACAGACGAACCUGAGAGAGUCUCCAGAUCUCCGGUCACAAGCUACAGAUACAGCUACAAAAAGUCAGACUAAAAACAACAGUCGCUAUCUAUCUGGGUAUCAAAAAGCGUCAGAGCCCCGGACCCCCCGAUGCGGCUGGGAUGUGAGGGUACGGAGCCCCCGGGACCCGGCCGAGGUGGUGCUGGCUCUGCGGGAGGCGGCGCAGGGCUGCGGGUGCCAGGUUCACCAGGCCGGGCCCUUCCUCUUGUCCUGCACCCACGGAGCUGCCGGCUCCCGCGUGGCCUUUGAAGCUGAGGUGUGCCAGCUGCCCAAGGGCCCUGCCGAGACCAGCGGGGUUCGGUUCAAGCGCCUGUGGGGGGCACCGCUUGCCUUUCGGGACAUUGCCACCAAAGUGUCCAAAGAAAUUGAACUUUGAAAGCAACAGGGGGUGGUGGGGAGAGACAGAAUGGGACUGAAAAGUGGGAUGAGCAUUAAUGGAAUUAGAUCUGCCCACACCCCACCCCUCUCUGGCUAUAAAGGCUGGCAGGAACACAGGCCACCCGCUCACACACAAACCCAACUUAAGGAACUCUGCCAACCGGGUCUUUUACCACUGAUGUUACCUGGUGUCUUAGCCAUGUUGUUUUUUAACUCCAGGCAUUAUUUGUCAAUCACAUCUUUAUUCUGUACAUUGUCAUUCCUGUUUAACUGCUGCUAUUUAACUCAUUUUAAUGUAUAUUCUUCUGCACUUGCAAGAAGAGUGUUUCAUUUUUAUUUUAAUCCUUGUUCACAACAACACAUGUGAAUGCCACACCAUUACAAACUGUAACAGAUGAACGUGAUCUGUCUUUUAUUGGUUGUUUUAGCUGUCUUGCCAGUGAUGCAGGCUGAGUAGGUGACGUCUGCUUUUCUGAGCCUAUUAUUUUUGUCCUUGAGUUGCCUGCAUGUCAGCAGGCCCAUAUUACAUGGUCGAUCCGUAGCACUUUAAGGCUGAGUGAGCGAUUUCUCCUGUUUUAAAGCAGUUCUCCCUUCAAAUGGUGCAAUUUACCUGUUGAGCCAAGUCACGGCGCUCUUUGUUAUGCUCUCGUAUGUGUUCUGCUUUUAAAGAAAAAAAAACUCUGUAAUUUUGCCAGAAGUGCACUCUGCUGACCGGCCACAAACAGACUGUUGACUUUAUCUCUGUUUUGACAGUAACUCCACAUCUUCAAGAAAAAUGUCUGAGCUCUGCUAUCUGAUAAAAUGCAAGAAAGAUAAAUUCCACACAAUCCA